CCGCCCAUGUUUCUCUCCCUUCCAUAAUGCCUCAAAUCGAAGUCGCCGCAAUCACAACUCCUCAAGUCCACAACAACAGUCGACAGUAACUGUUAAGGAAAAACGAAAACACCGGAGGAAAAAAGCGCAGCGAAAAGGCCCUUCCUGUUAUCCGACAACCAUGGUUCAAGCUCAGAUGUGGAUCCUGACCAAAUAUUUUGACGGCUUCCCCAAAGAAAGUGACUUCCAACUUCAAGUGGAGGAGCUGCCCGAGCCUGAAGAUGGACAGGUGCUUUUGGAAACAUUGUUUCUGAGUGUUGACCCUUACAUGAGGCCGUUCAGCCACUUUCGCAUGAAAGAAGGAGAUGUGAUGAUCGGAACUCAAGUGGCCAAGGUGAUCCAGAGCAAAAAUGCGAUGUUUCCCGUGGGAGACCACGUCGUUGGCCGCGGCGGAUGGAGGACUCACACCGUGUCGGACGGGUCCGACCUCCUUCCCGUCAUGCCCGACUGGCCUCAGGACAUCUCGCUCUCCCUGGCUUUGGGCACAGUCGGCAUGCCUGGGCUGACGGCCCUGUACGGAAUUGAGGAAGUUCUGGGGCUGAAAUCGGGCGAGACCCUACUGGUGAACGCGGCAGCGGGGGCUGUGGGCUCAGCGGUGGGCCAGAUCGCCAAAAUGAAGGGCUGCAGAGUGGUCGGCUCGGCGGGGUCCGACGCGAAGGUAGCCUUCCUCAAAGAGCUGGGCUUCGACGAGGCCUUCAAUUACAAAACGGUGGCCUCCCUAGAGGAGGCUCUGAAGAAGGCCGCUCCAGACGGAUACGACUGCUUUUUUGAAAACGUGGGAGGCCCUUUCUCGAGUUUUGCCCUAUCACAGAUGAAAGAUUUUGGAAGAAUAGCCGUGUGUGGAAGUAUAUCCACAUACAAUGACACCGAGUCUCAGACAGCAGGCCCGUAUCCUCAAAUGACCAUCAUCGUCAAGCAGCUCAAGAUGGAGGGCUUUAUGCAAAGCAGAUGGGAGCGAAAGCACCCCGAGUCGCUCAGGAGGCUCAUGGGCUGGUUGAAAGAGGGUAAACUUCAGUGCCGCGAACAUGUCACCAAGGGCUUUGAAAACAUGCCGGCGGCUUUCAUGGGAAUGCUGCGAGGGGAAAAUACCGGCAAGGCUAUUGUGGCGGUCUGAUGUGAAAGCCAGUAUUAUUAGUACCAGCGAUUGACUAAAGUGCAUCCAGAAAGUAGUUGCACCAUUUUCCCAUUUUCUGUUGGUCCAAAAUACAAGUUAUUUUUCCCAAUCUAAUCUAAAACACACAACACCCCAUACUGACAACACAAAAAGUAUUUUCGGACCUUUUUUUGUGAAUUUAUAAAAACAUUUUUAAAAAAACGAAUAAAUCACGUGUAUGUGAGUAUUCACAGCCUUUGCUCAAUACUUUGUUGAUGCAUCUGUAACUUGCAGCAAUUACAGCCUCAAGUCUCUUUGAAAAUGAUUGCACAAGCUUGGCACACUGACAGUGGAAAUAAAAACUCUCUACAUCCAAAA